CAGAACCCUAUAAAUAAGACAAUAUGAUUUCUCUUCUCUUCAUUACUCGUGCAAUCAAUAUAAACUACGAAAAGAGUUUUGAGAAUUUACCAUUAGCAAUGGAGAAAACGUCUCUCAAGCUUAUUUUCUUGUUAUCCCUCAUAGUCAUAGCAUUUUGUUCGUCUUUGGGUGAUGCAAGAGAGAUGAUGGUGGAGCAAGUGUACUGCAUCGAAGGCAAAUGUCCUGAAGGAAUGAAGAACUGUAACUGCUUGCCGCAAACAGCACAUAUAGAGAGAAAUGAUUACGGUCAGCCUUGCGAUACAGCUAAAGACUGUUACAAGUUCUGUCCUUCGAAAUGCAAACCUGGAACCUGUUCCUGUAGGUGUGAUUUUGGUUGUACAUGUACCUGUUAUUGAGUGUUUAGGAGAUUUUGUACCACCAUAGUUUUCUUUUUAUUACUUAGAUGCAUAGGAAAAAGAGAGAUACUAUAAAAUUAGU